UCUUUGUUUAUUCAGUUCCUAUCAACUGGAGUUCAGAUUGAUCCAAACAGCAGACUGACCCUCAGAGACCCUGAGCUGUCUUCUCUACGAAAAGCCACCACCUUCGAUGUUUUGUGCAAUGAUGUCAUUCCCAAGGCCAUCUCAGAUAUCCGGAGAUUAGGAGACCAGCUGUCCAAAGUCCCUGGGCCACUAAAGAAGGAGGACUUUGAGAGGACAGUGUUGACCAUGGCUUACACAGCCUUAAAGACAUCAAAGUUGGAGAAUGACAACCAGAGAAGAGUAUGGAUGGAAUCCCUCACCAAGCUCUUUGUGGCACUAAGAAGAGACUUGAUGUCCCUGUACAAUAAAGAUGGUCAACAAUGA